AUGUCAUUCAUCACCCGAAUUUACAAGAUGAAUAUCUAUUUGUCCGUGCUUCUCAUUGCUCUAUCCUCAGUUUACACAGAUGUAAAUGGGGAACCUUUGGGUGUUGUCGUUUGGCAUGGUAUGGGGGACUCUGGUUUUGGUGGUGGCGUCAAGCAUCUACGCCAGAUGAUAAUGGAUGAAAUACCGGGGACCUACGUUCUUGAUGUGGAAAUCGGUUCUUCGAGUUUCUUUGACCGCCUGAACUCUUUCUUCAUGCCCGUGAACAAGCAGCUGAAUAUCGUUUGUGAUAAUAUCCACUCGAACCCACACCUCUCUAGGGGCUUCCACCUGAUUGGUUUCUCACAGGGUGGUCUCUUUGUACGUGCUCUAGCGCAGCGCUGCCCUCCUGCGGUGCUCGGUUCGGUUAUUUCAAUCGGCGGACCACAGCAAGGUGUCUUCGGCAUGCCCUUCUGCCCCAAUGCCACCAGCCCACCACUCUGUAGUUUUCUUCGCAAUAUGCUCUCCAAGGCGGCUUACACCGACUUCGUUCAGUCGCACUUCGUUCAAGCUCAGUAUUGGCAUGACCCAUUCAACGAGGCCCUUUACAGUGAGAGAAGCCAAUUUCUGGCCGAAAUAAAUCAGGAAAAGGUACAAAAUCGGACGUACAAGGACAAUCUGCUAAAGGCAGCUAAUUUGGUUUUGGUUCGCUUCAUGCACGACACAACUGUCAUUCCUGGCGCUUCCGAGUGGUUUGGAUUCUACCGUUCGGACAAAGCCGGGGAUGUAUACGACAUCAAAGAAAGCAAGCAAUACAAAACGGACAGCCUCGGUUUAAAGACACUGGAUGAACAGGGACGACUUCAUCUGAUUCCACUUCCGGGAUAUCACCUUCAAUUCUCCGAUGAGUGGUUCCGCAGGGUCAUCAUUGGGCAGUUCCUUAGGAACCGAAUCUAG